AUGAGUGCUAAUAUUUCGUGUCUCGUGCGCGUAACUAACAUGCUAUCGCAGUGUACGAAAUGUUGCCCCCCAAGGCUGGUGGUGCCUCGAAUUAGUCACCGGAUACGUGGUGGGGCAACCUGUGCUGCCUACAGCUCCGUCGGGACGCAUCACCAUUACCCGCAGCCGACGCGAAUUAACGACCGAAGCAGCUUCCAAGGAAGAAACACCACACGGGCUUACACGCAGGCAGCUUCCACCCUGACGAGGGAACAACUGCACGAUCUGGUGUACAGGUUAAACGAGGACGAAAGGGAACUGCUCAUGAACACUCUGAAGCAGUUCGAGUCCAACAAAGUGAAGGCAAAGUUUGAAGGGCAGUUGGCAGCAACCGUUUGGCGAAGUAGAUUCGGUCGUCCAGCAAAACUAAAACCCGCCCUGGGAGAUGUAGAUCCUACCGGUUCCUACUGCGCGGUGCCGGAAGAUUGGCUGCAAAAAAAGUUCGCCGAAACAGUACCAGUGCCACCCACAUCGGACCUCAUGAAACUUGGUUUAGUUAACGCCCUACCUUUCAUCGGAUUUGGUUUUCUCGACAACUUCACCAUGAUAAUUGCGGGUGAUUACAUCGAGCAUACGCUUGGAUUAUUUAUGUGCAUUUCGACCAUGGCGGCGGCCGCGCUGGGAAAUACUAUCAGCGACGUUAUCGGUAUUGGAUCUGCUUUUUAUGUGGAAAAGGUUGCAGAAAUGAGUGGUGUCAAACCGCCAAAGUUGUCACCGAUUCAACUCGAGAUGAAAGCCAGCCGGAGAGCGGCCAACUUGGGUCGAGUGGUUGGCAUUACGAUCGGAUGCCUGUUGGGAAUGUGUCCUUUAUUAUUCAUGAAAGAGGACAAGGAAAAGGAGAAGGACAAAGAUAAGGCCCCAGCUGUGGUGAAUGUUGCCGAAAAAUAG